AUGAUGACCACCAAGUUUGAGGAUAUGGUUUUGGACCAGGCCGCAGCAUUCGGCAUUUUCAGAAAAUCUCUGAAGGCAUUUCCUAAGCUAGAUCCAGAGAAGGCACUUGCAAAAUAUGCGCAAGAAAAUAAGAUCACUGGUGUAUUUUUUGUUGAUGAAUUUGGGGACCGAUGUAUCUAUGGAGGACGAGACAGAGGUAAGAUUUCAGGGUUUUCUUUUACGGAUUUAUAUUGGAGUGAACUAACAGGAUACCCUAGUUGUUAAACCUUACAAGCACUCAAUCUCUAUUACUAUCAAGGAGGUUGAAGUUACAGGCAGGUACGAAGGGCACCACAGAUUGGAGAAGCCCCUAAACUUGAAACAAAUCAACCGUCCUUACUCCCAUUCCUAUCGUUGUUUAUCGGGCCAUUACAGCGAAUUCAAUUUCUCAUGUUGUUAUUAUGAGACGCAAAGACACCAUUGUACUGAACUCCCCCAUCUUGAACUUGGAUGGAAUCUGCCAGUAGAUCACCCAAGGCACUUCAUGAAGUUUCCAGCCGGUACGUAAAAAGUUAACUUCUGCACUUGAGGAAACAAUUCAACUAAUCGUUAGAAAACAGAAAUACGCCAGCGGAUAUUCAAGCUUGCCUUAUCUGCGCCUAAUGGAUGUUCCCUCCAACCGCAGGUUAUUCUUGAUACCGAAAGUUAUUAUCGCCCAACAAAGUGCCGCUUCGAUAUUGACCUUUCGAAUAUUGAAUCACUCCCGCAAUAUACUUGGAUUUCUAGAGGUGAUCCCAGUGCAUCAAGCUGCUAUACCAGAAUAAUGCUUUUUCUUUCAAGUUAAUCAGUCGCAUAUAUACGCAUGCUACUCGUUCACUUGUAUCAACAGGUCGUUCUGGCAAAAAUUGCGGCAAUUAUGCAAUGUACCUACCUACUGCAGACCUUCCAACUGGCGAGGACUGGCUUGGACAAGUGAAUGAAGGAAUUUGUCAAAUUCAACACAGACGUCCACCACUCAUGCUGCAGCAAUGGAUGUACUUGGACAAGUUGAAGACCUACAACCUGUUCAUGCAGAAACUUUGCACUGGACUUGCUAGAUUGGUCAUCUACGUCCCAGACAAAAAUAGACUUACUCCAAACCUGGAUCAAGUGUGUUGUGGGCUUGAUAGUCUUGAGACGGUCGAAGUUAUCCAAUACAACAGCAACUACAGCGCUGGUUUAUCCACCGAGAAAUGGAUUCCUGAUGCAGACGCAGCGCCAAUCAUACAAAAGAUUUUGCAGCAGAAGAAGGAGCUUCGACAAAGCAAGCUCAUAUCAUAUGGUGCUCCAAUCGUAAGUCCUCCCACGGAAAAGAAAUGCGACUUCUGUGGAGAGACCAAUCACGUGUGGGCUGAAUGUCACAACCUUUGUGGGGUAUGUUGGGGGUUCGGUCACUUUAGAUCAAGUUGCAGUCUUCUUGAGGAAAACCGCGCCACGAUCAAGAAUCUUUCUUGA